AGGUACUCCACUUGUUUGUGUUGUGGUGGCCCACCAGGCGCUGCCGGCCCCUGGGAAACGCCGUCGACCGUCGUCCUCCUCGGUCGCCGUCGGCACCAACGCCACCGCACGCCCGACACCCCUCCCACUCCUUCCACCACCACCCUCCUAAAUUUAGCCAUGCCCACCACCCCUCGUCCACUCGUCUGCUCCAUUCCACGCUCCUCGCCCUCCCACUCGCGCACGGCCUCCCGCCGCCACUACGGCACCGCUCCCCGUCGAUCCCAUUCCCAUGGGGCCGCGCCUUCGUCAUCAUCAUCGAAUUGUCUGCCCUCCCGCCGUUUGAAGCCCAAGGCGCCGCUGGCACCCCCUCCUCGGUAUUGGAUCGCUUACUUAGCUAGAUGAGCUCCAAGUCAUCAUACAACAAACUGUCCGCUGCAAAUGACAAGAUGGAUUCCAAUGCCUGGGGCCACGGGAAUACUCGGUCAAAUGGCGCCCUGGGGCGGAAUCAAUCCGGCGUCUCAGUUGAUCCGUCCGCUGGCUCUGAACCAGCAGUGCAGUCGCAUGUCAUCCCUUCUGAUAAGAGAUCACACCGCAACAAGUCUGAUGAUCCAGCCGACAAAGCGAUCCCAAGUCCAGCGGUGGUGUCUGGAACAGGUGCCAUGCUGGAGGAAGCAGCAGCCAGAGGUGACAAGACCGUUCCUCAGUGCACCUUUGACACCUCUACUAGUAGUGACAGCUUGGAUGGCUCUGGAACUGGUCAUAUCAAGCGGCAUACUGGGAGCGAUCGCAGGUGGGAGGCCAUCCAGUUGGCCAGCAGCAGGGGCUCCCCUCUCAGUCUAGUACACUUUAGGCUUCUGAAGCGCCUUGGCUAUGGAGACAUUGGCAGUGUUUACCUCGUGGAGCUUAGGGGGACAGACACCUUCUUUGCCAUGAAGGUGAUGGACAAGGAGGCGCUCAUCAGUAGGAACAAGAUGAUCCGUGCAGAGACGGAGAGACAGAUACUUGGCCUUCUAGAUCACCCCUUUCUACCCACCCUGUACACUCAUUUUGAGACCGAAAAGUUUUACUGCCUUGUCAUGGAGUACUGCUGCGGUGGCAACCUGCAUUCGCUUCGGCAGAAGCAACCUAACAGGCAUUUCAAUGAGCAAGCAGCCAGAUUUUAUGCCUCUGAGGUGUUGCUUGCGCUUGAGUACCUCCACAUGCUAGGCAUUGUCUACAGAGACCUGAAACCAGAAAAUGUUCUGGUCAGAGAUGGAGGACACAUCAUGCUGUCUGACUUUGACCUAUCUCUGAGGUGUUCAGUCAGCCCGAUGCUAGUCAAAUCCUCAUCAAUCAAUGCUGGUGCCAAUGGCAUUGAGAAAGGCGUAGUCCAUGCUGAUGGUGUCAACCAAGGCUGCAUACAGUCAUCAGCAUUCUUCCCGCGCAUACUCCCCAAGAAGAACCGCAAGACCAAAUCAGACUUCAGCAUCAACGGAUCGCUCCUGGAGUUCAAUGCUGAGCCGACAGAUGCGCGGUCGAUGUCAUUUGUUGGAACACACGAGUACCUUGCACCAGAGAUCAUCAGAGGAGAGGGACAUGGAAGCGCGGUGGAUUGGUGGACCUUUGGCAUCUUCUUAUAUGAGCUGCUCCAUGGCAUGACACCGUUCAAGGGGAAUAGCAACCGUGCCACGCUGUGCAACGUAGUGGACCAGCCACUGCGGUUCCCUGACACCCCACCUGUGAGCAAUGUCGCUCGCGACCUCAUCCGUGGGCUUCUGGUGAAGGACCCUCAGAAGAGAAUUGCAACCAAGAGGGGUGCCACUGAGAUCAAGCAGCACCCAUUCUUUGAAGGGGUGAACUGGGCACUUGUGAGGGGUGCUCACCCACCUUCUGUCCCUGACCCUGUAGACUUCGGGCAGUUUAGAUCUAAGGGGAAGAAGGCGGCAGAGAUUGCAGUUGCGACUGCUCCAAGUAGAUUACCUUAUGGUGCUGCUUCAGCUAAACCAAAGAAAGGCAAUUUUGUUGAGUAUUUUUAGGUCUGUACCCGGUCAAUUUGGGUCCUGCUAGUGCUAGGACUGAACACCAUAGUUACAUAUGUUGGUAAUGUUGAGUGCUCUUGUAGUCUUGUUCCUAUUCACUUUGAAUGUUCCUUGCUAUGCAUGUUUCUUGGAAUCCUGGUACUAUAAUAAUUGAGAUAACCUUGUACAGAAGGAGAAGGUAGACAUUCCUUUGCUAUUGCCUGAUAAUGGAUAAUGGAGGUUUGAAAUUAUAUUA